AUGAGGCUCUGCGUGCCAGUCACCUGCGACCUCCUCGCCCCGCUUACUUCUGUCCCCCACUGCCCUACGGAUCGAGUGCCUGUUAGAGAGAACCCGGGCGCCCGAGACCCCACGCCGCCACCCCAGAAAGGCGGCGACCCUGGGUUCUUCCUGACCCCCCCGAGCUGCACACGCGGGGGCCGGGGCCGGGGGCCGGCAGGGCUCCCCCAGCCAGCCGGCCUUCCUCUGGGCGGGCCACACGCUGGGGGCGCCCCGCGUGAGGGGAAGGGGUCCGGGCAGGCGGCCGUGACCUCGGACGGGGGCCCCUCACCCCCCCGGGCGUCCCGGCCUCCACUCGGGAGGGAGGACGUGGCCCAGCCGGGCGCCGGCGGCUGCCGCCGGGAGUCCGGGCGACCCGCGAGGCUGGGGGCGGAGAACCGCGGCUGGAAACCGGCCCGGUUCCUCGAGACUCGGCCCCCGAGAACCGGCACACGGCCGGAAGCGGGCCGGGGGCUGCGGGCCCGGCCCCACGGGCCCAGCCCCACGACCCGCCGCCGCCGGGCACCGGGACGGGCCGAGGACCCGCGGCUCCCGGGCCGGCGUCCCCACAACCAAGUCUGCAACCGCUUCCCGGCGGGGACGCGGGAGCGCGGGCGCUUCGCGGGCGGGCGGCCCUCCCGCCUCCCGCCUCCGCCUCCGAGGGGCGCCGCGCUCCCCCGCCGGGGGUCCCGCCGCCCCGCUCCGCGCCCGCGGCCCAAACGCCGGCCCCGCGCACCCCCGGCCAAACGCGCGCGGCCGACCCCGGCCCGAGGCCCCGGCCUCCGGCCCUCGCAUGCCGGGAGAUGCCCGAGGCCCCCGCCGAGGCCGCCGGCCGCCACCGGCCGCGCCCGCCGCGCCCGCCGCAGGCCUCACCCGCAGUCGGCUCGCCGCGCGCUCGCCCGGGCCCGGCCCCAACGCGCGUGCGCGCCACCGCCCGGCGUCCGGCCCCGGCUCCAGCGCGCGUGCGCGCCACCGCCCGGCGUCCGGCCCCGGCCCCAGCGCGCGUGCGCGCCACCGCCCGGCGUCCGGCCCCGGCCCCAGCCGCGUGCGCGCGCCCGCGUCCGGCCCCGGCUCCAGCGCGCGUGCGCGCCACCGCCCGGCGUCCGGCCCCGGCUCCAGCGCGCGUGCGCGCCACCGCCCGGCGCCGAGCGCGCGUGGCGCCACCGGCGAAACGCGGCGGGAAGCGCGGGACGGGAGCGGCGACGGACUCCGCCCCGGGGAGGGGGGCGCUCCGGGGGCGGGGAUCCGAGGCCGGAGGAGGCCGGCCCCGGGGCGGGCAGGGAAGCUCCCGAGGCUCGGAUCGCCCCUCCACCCGCCCGGCCGAGGCCCCGAGGCCCGAUCUCCCUCUUCCUUCUCUCCAGCCUUGCCUUAUCCUCCCCUCUCAAUGGACCCUUUGCUUGA